CCUCACCAUCACCAGCAGCCGACCCACUCAGCCUCACACGACUCAGCGUUUCUCUAGACAUCUAGACGAGCUUUGUGUCACGGACUGCAUAUUCACUUAGAAGAAGAACCGACCCCGGAUUAACUGAAGAAGAUGUCGAACGUCGAUUGGGACUCGAAGCUCGUGAUUGGGAACAAGUCGAAGGCGCCGAAGGUGACGAAGACGACGUCGGAUUUGAACGAGGCUCUUCGAGCGGGAGCCGUCGUCGCUACGGAUAAGAAGGUCACCACCGGAUUGAACAAGGCUCAUCAAGGAACCGACCACCAGCGCAUAGCGAAGCUCGACCGCGAGAAUGAAGUCGCGCCUCCACCCAAGAUCGCUCCGUCUGUCGGCAAGGCCAUGUCCCAAGCCCGCCUCGACCUAAAGCUCUCGCAAAAAGACGUGGCGCAGAAGAUCAACGAGAAGCCGUCCAUUCUGCAGGACUACGAGUCCGGCAAGGCGAUCCCGAACCCACAGAUCUUGGGGAAAUUGGAGAGGGUGUUGGGCGUCAAGCUUAGAGGUACGGAUAUAGGAAAGAAACUGGACGGGCCGAAGAAGUCGUCAUAAGCCCGUCCUGGUCCUCUUCCUUGCGACUGCUUUUCCACAUACAUAGGCCCGUCGUACGCCUUACUUCUUCUCCCGCCUUACUUUUUCGCUUUUGCUUGUUAUCGUGUCGUGUGAUGUGAUGUCGGUGUGUGUUGUAUGAACAAUCUUGCCUGUGCCCUGUACGGUGCUUUGCCUUGCGAUGUUCCACGUUUCACUGUUCGAUGUGGUCGAGACAGUAUUCGUGGUUCGCCCUUAAGGUUGACUAUAUCGUUGAUAUUCUGACAAGAACGGAAAAAAUGAAGGAAAAUAAUAAAUCAC